UAUUUUCCUUAAAAGUGCUUUCAAAAUGAUGCGUUAACUUUUGAAAAAAAAAAAAAUUGAUACCCAUAGCACGUGAAAUAUUAUUGUCGUAUAACCAUUUGUCGGCGAAGAAUGGAUAGAAGCAUAUGAACUCUUCGAGUACCCAAAGCGCUACAACUUGAAGCGGAGCGUGAGAUAGAGAUGGCUAUGAACAGUUCCACAUUUAAGAUAAUCUUGGGUUCGUCAUCGAUGGCUCGCCGACAAAUUUUAGCCGAGAUGGGGUAUGAGUUCGCAAUAAUGACUGCAGACAUAGAUGAGAAAGCUAUUAGGAGGGAAAAGCCAGAAGAUUUGGUAAUGGCUCUAGCCGAAGCGAAGGCAGAUGCCAUUGUAUCAAAGCUCCAUACUGGUCAAUUUGAGGAGGAUGCUCAUGCAACACUGUUAAUUACUGCAGAUACAGUGGUGGUGUAUGAAGGGAUAAUCAGGGAAAAGCCAUCAAGCAAGGAAGAAGCACGGGAGUUUAUCAAAGGAUACUCUGGCGGUCAAGCAGCUGUGGUAGGAUCUGUUCUUGUAACCAAUCUUAAGAGUGGAAAAAGAAAAGGUGGAUGGGACAGAGCAGAGGUUUAUUUUUAUAACAUACCAGAUGAGGCCAUUGAUAGCCUGCUGUACUCAGAUCCACGAGGGAAUUACACUCAAUGUUGCUGGGGGUUUGAUGCUGGAACAUCCAAUGACAUUGCCAUUUGUGGAAGCAGUGGUUUGAUGUUUGACAGGUAGGGACUACUGAUACAGUGAUGGGACUUCCUAUAGCUCUCACAGAAAAAUUUAUACGGGAAGCUCUAUAGAUGCUGUGGUCAUUUCAAAUUUUCAACGUGGUUCUAUUCAACCAUAAUUUCAAAGCUGUGGACUUCAACUGCGGAUUGUUAAUGUUGCAUCAAUUUUUAGACGAAUUUGUAUUUAAAUUUUUCAAAUUGAACACACACUGGGCUUUAUUACUGCCUCAUUUUAAACCCAUUCCAAUGAUCACGAUUGCUCAUUCUAUUCAUGA